GUUAAGUAGGUUUGUGCUGUUGUGUUUAUCUGAAAGUUCAAAUUCUACCUGGACCAGUCGAACAGGUCUGACCUAGAGGGGAGGGUGAGUGAUGAUUGGCACAGGUGAGUAGGAAGAACAUCAAGCCAGAAAGAUCAGUGCACAGAGAACGACUGCAGUCUACAUGGAUGGUAAAGUAAGGUGAAGGUGAAAAGCGUAAAGGAAGACGCUGGAUUAUAUGUUGUUGGAUCCAACCAAGCUUGGACUAUAUCCAAGGAUCCAAGCCUCUGGAGGGUGGCUGCUUCCACUUCCCUGAGUAUUUUACUCUUCCAAGUUCUGUGCCAUGACUGACAACCAAGCAAGUGCAGGAAGAGGCCAAGAGAAGCUCAAACCAAACGUCAAACCUCAGCAAGAAUGGAAGGACAAUAACCAACAGGGGGCACCAGAAAAACGUGAAACAUCCCAUCGGCGGAGUCGUAGCAGUGAUUCGGAGCGACGUGGCAGACGAAGGGAGCGAGCACAGGAACGUGGGGGAAAGAGGGAGCGUGGUCGCAGCGAAGAGGCCAGACGUGUCUCAAAGAGAACCAGCAAUGGCCGAGACGUUACUAACCAUCCCCAGGACAACCUAGAUGAAACGGAGUGUCCCAUCUGCUUCUGUAACUAUGACAAUGUCUUUAAGACUCCGAAGCUGCUCCCUUGUGGCCACACAUUUUGCCUAGAGUGUCUGGCUCGCAUCAAUGUCUCGUCUGUGGAGAUCAAGAAGCUGUCGUGCCCUGUGUGCCGGGAGCAGACAGAAAUCCGGCAUGGCCGAGACUUGCCACAACUUGGCAACAAUGAGCAUGUUUUCCGCAAGCUGCCACCUCAGAUGCAGAGGGCUCAAUCUGUGCGCUUUGAACGCAGCAAAGGCAAACUGGUCCUCAAGAACGCUCCUAUAACAAGCUGCUUCAAUAAGAAGAGCACAGUUCUGCCUGUUGGGGCCGUAGAGGAAGGUCUCGCAUCACCUACGACUGUAAAUGUGGGCAGACCUCCGAACAGGAUGAGAGGUCGCAUAAGAAGGAUGUUUGCGUCUAAUAAUUGCUACUACACCGUGGUGGUGAUCAUCGUUGUGGUCGCGGUUGCUCUGGUAAUAGUGGGCGUUUUGACCUUUGUGGUGAUGCCUAACGUGAUGAAUGGAAAGAAACCUCCACAUGAGCACACCGGACACAACAUGACUCAUGGGUAGUGGGAGGCAAACCCUGUAAGAUGAACUGAGGAAGCGAAUCUAAGGCUAAGAGAGCACACCAAACUCAAGGAGUUGGUAUUGUUGCAUGGAGAUGACAUGGCUGAAACGUAUCUGUCGGCUUUGCCACCAUCAGUGGCCUAAUACAAAAAGGUGUGCUGCGCUGCAUACUGUAAACUUUCUGCGAUGGCUGCAACUUGAACAGUGUGAAGGAUGAGCUCAAGAACCUGUUGUAUCUGAAUAGAAAUGUUCACCAGAUGGAAAUGCCAUAAACACGUACUGUGACUACUGAACUAUGAAACACGCUUACAGUUCACAGAGGUAUACACAACCGAGGCGUAUUUGAACACGUUGACACGUUUUAGCUUUUCUGUUGCAGGUUAUAACAAUUUGCAUUUAUUUUCUGGUCCAAUAAUAUAGAUGUCACUGGAGAGCUUUAAGGAACAAAACAACCUCACUGUUUCGUUAAUUUUAGUAUUGUUACAAGGAAGUUUGGAUGCUGAUGGGAGUGAGAAAGGAAAGGAAAUGCAAAUGAUGUUGGAUAUAUAACAAUAAACAGGAAAAAAAACUCA